UGAAAAAUCUCUAGAGAGAGAAAUUAAAGUGAAGUUGUUGAACGAAGAGUGGGGGUUUGAAGCGGUUAGGGUUUCCAGUUUUCAAACGUCAAGCUGCUACGAUUUGAUUUGAUUUGAUUCUGCUGUUGUUGUUGUUCUUGAGAAAGGAGGUGAAAUUCUGUAGGAAUGUACGUAGGAUCGGGGAAAUCGUUCAAGGAUUCUCUCAAGGUCCUUGAAGCCGAUAUUCAGCACGCAAACACACUAGCAUCUGAUUAUCCUAGGGAGUAUGAUGGCGCAUGUGUUCAGAUGCGAAUGUCGUAUAGUCCUGCUGCACAGCUUUUUCUUUUCCUUGUACAAUGGUCAGAUUGUCAUCUUGCUGGUGCACUCGGUUUACUCAGAAUUCUAAUCUAUAAGGUUUAUGUUGAUGGAACUACAACGAUGUCUGUUCAUGAAAGGAAAGCAAGUAUAAGAGAAUUCUAUGCUAUUAUUUACCCUUCCCUUUUACAACUCGAAAGAGGAGUUACUGAUUCAGAAGAUAAAAGACAGAAAGCUGUAUGCAUGGAAAGAUAUAGAAAAAGAGAUGAUGAUGUUGAUGAUGAUCGGAAUCUGUUUUCAGAUGUUGAUAUUGAACGAGAAGAGGAAUGUGGAAUCUGUAUGGAGAUGAAUAGUAAGAUUGUUCUACCUAACUGUAAUCACGCCAUGUGUUUGAAAUGCUACCGCGAAUGGAGCACAAGAUCUCAAUCGUGCCCUUUCUGUCGCGAUAGUCUGAAGAGGGUGAAUUCAGCCGACCUCUGGGUGUUCAUGGAUAUCAAAGAAGUAAUUGACAUGGCUACGGUUACUCGAGAAAAUCUUAGAAGGCUUUUCAUGUACAUAGAGAAGUUACCUCUGGUUGUUCCUGAUACAUUAUUCGAUGCUUUCGAUUCUCAUCUUAGGUAAUUUCCUUUAUCAAUCAAGAUUGGAAAUUUAAUUUCCUUAUCAUUAUCUUAGUCUAUUUUGCUUUUCGUUGAUUAGAAAGAAAGAAACAAACAACCCGGCCGAGUAAUUUGAGGCAUUGUUGGUUUAAGAUAUGAUGAGAUGAGAGUUUUAUGUAACCAAAUUGUACAUGCUUAUUAUUAUUAUUAUCAUUAUGUAUAGCUUCAAUCUA